CGCAGUUGGACGGAGAGGUGCCUUACCCCCACAGCGUGUUCCUGCGCGGAGCUUGGACAGAAUUUUCCCACGCUACAGGCGGUUUCUCUCCCUUCCGGUGUCCGCUGUCAGGAGCCUUGACAUAGGAAUAACAAAUAGCUCAAACGAUGCUGGCAGAGUACAAGAUGUUUAUCCUGAUGGGCGUGAUGAUGGGCGUGGUCAGUGCAGUCGCCGGUGGUUGCCUUGAGUGCCAGACAAACAGCUUCCCCGCCCAUGACAGAGGAAUGUCCGCCUGGCCCUCGUCCGCCCGCAGAGACGGCGCCGUGACGCCCGUGCUCAACAAACUCCGCCGCGGAGGAUUCACGCCCAACAACCCCUUCAUUCUGCGCAAUAUCCAGCCCACACGCCCGCGGUUCAGUGAGAACGAUUUCCUCAUUGGUGAUAAUGAUAAUGAUCAUAAUGAUGACUACGAUGAGGACGACCACAAGUUCCCCUGGCUGCCCGCAACGAGGCCGUCCUUCUACUCGAACCACGCCAAGGAGCUGCCAGGCCUCGAACACAUCCUGGAGGACAAGCUGAGCCCCGUCGGCCGCCAGCUGAAGGCGCGACGUCCCGGCAAACAAGCCUCGGACAUGUUCUCGCGGAAGGCCGUUUUGGGCAACAAGCGCAAGAACAAGAUGAGGAAGCACCGCCAGCGCCUCGGCAAGGCUCUUGGUUCCCCCUUCGCCGGGAGUCAACGCGUCCCUGGUUUCGUCCAGGUGAAGAGUCCUCCUCGCAUCGACGAGGACGACCUCCAGCGCGAGGACGGCGAAGGAAACGACCAUCGCGCCGGGACCGAAGAGCACGAGGACGACCACCUGACUGUGCCAGAGCUCUUCGCCGGCCCCAGGACAUUCCCCAAGGACUUCGUCCCCGGGGCGCGCUUCGGCAACAAGGACUUCCAGCCCGAACCAGUCGCCAAGGGCCCCUUCCAGACGGAUCACUUCCACGGCGAGAACGAGAGCCAGCGAGAGGGCUUCCGGCAGAGCGUCCUCAGCAAGACCCCCUUCGCCAAGGACUUCGGCAGCAACGGCUUCUUCGAGAGCGCGCCCCACGAAGACUUCGACCACAAGCUGACGUUCCCGGAGCCCUUUCCCGACCUGGGACCCUUCGGCGAGACUUACAAGGGCCGGGAGCCCUUCGCUGCGGGCGAGCACGACUUCGGAUCCCUGGGAAGCUACCACCAGCCGGAUUUCCUGCAGGAGGGCGGCGGGGGCCUCGACUGGCUCCACUCCCCGCUGUCCGGCCUCAACCUGCCGGCGUCCAAGGACAUCAUUAGCGCCUUCGAGCACCCGGAGAUGACCACGGAGGCCCAGCGAGAGGCGUGUCAUGCGAGGAACAUUCACACCUGCGGGAAAAUCACAGAACACUUCACCCUGACUUUCAGAGAAAGAUCAGAAGAAGAAAGAGAUCGAGAUUUGAGUUCCUGGACUGCAUGGAGCUGCAACGCCAACAGUCGUGCGACGUGCCUGAGGGAGAACACUUCAGCAGGGAAGGCACCAAAAUCAUCCGAGACAAGAUUAAGACCCUUCUUUGGUCUGCUCGGGGCUGUAUUCUGGGCUUCUCUGCUUAAGACGUUCCUUGGGAUAUCGGGGUUCCAGGAUCUGUAA